AUGUACCCUGGUGAGGUUGCGAGCGUCGUCCUCCCGUACCUGCCAACUGCAGCCGCCGCGGCUUUCGGCUUCGGGCCCCAUUACCACCCGCCAGCAGGCGACCACUUCCUGUUCCCGGGCAUCAGCACCGACCUGAUCACGCUGCCGCGGCGGCGGCGGACGGCGUCCAACCGGGAGUCGGCGCGGCGGUCGCGCGUGCGCAAGCAGCGGCAGCUCGGCCAGCUCUGGGCGCAGGCCGCCCACCUCCGCGGCGACAACCGCGACCUGCUCGACCGCCUCAACCGCGCCAUCAGGGACUGCGACCGCGUGCGCCGCGACAACGCGAGGCUGGGCGCCGAGCGGGCAGGCCUGCAGAGGAGGCUCCAGGAGCUCGCCGCCGCCGGCGACGACGAGACAGCUGCAACAGCCACCUAG